AGUGUCUCUGUGUAUAUAUAUCUGUGUCUGCAUCCACUGAGGAAAGAAGAGAAUAUCAAAAUUUACACACAAACACAGUAAGAUAUAUAUAACAUAUAUACAGAGGGGGAGGGAGAGGGGGAGAGAGAGAGAGAGAGAUGGAAUGGAAGAAAUGUUAUUUAGAUGUUAUACUCGUGCCAAUGGGGUUCUUAAUAUGCGUGGGGUAUCAUCUAUGGCUAUGGCAUAAGGUUCGAACACAGCCAUUCUCAACCAUCAUUGGAACUAAUGCCAGUGGUCGUCGGUUUUGGGUUUCUGCUAUGAUGAAGGACAAUGAUAAGAAAAACGUUUUGGCUGUUCAGACAUUGCGAAACACGAUCAUGGGUGCAACUCUCAUGGCCACCACAUCGAUCCUUCUCUGCUCGGGAUUAGCAGCUGUCAUAAGUAGUACUUACAGCAUUAAGAAGCCACUCAAUGACGCCGUUUAUGGAGGCCACGGAGAAUUCAUGGUAGCGCUAAAAUACGUUACUCUCCUCUUCAUUUUCCUCUUCUCGUUCCUAUGUCACUCCCUCUCGAUCAGGUUCAUCGGCCAGGUGAAUUUCCUCAUCAAUUGCCCUCAAGAAAACUCGUCCAUCGUCACUCCAGGAUAUGUGUCGGGGCUUCUUGAAAAAGGAUUUUUGCUCAACACGAUUGGAAAUAGAUUGUUCUAUGCAGCACUCCCUCUUGUGCUGUGGAUUUUUGGUCCUGUCUUGGUUUUCUUGUGUUUUAUCACAUUGGUUCCUAUCCUUUACAACCUUGACUUUGUUUUUGCUCGUGAAAAAUUAAGUAAGGGAUCUGAGAAUGCAAAUGAUAAUGGCUUUACAUCAGUGUAAAAGCUAAUAAUCUUUGUCAUAUUCACAUCAAGAUUAAAUGUCAAUUAAGUGCUUAUAUGUUUUGUCA